AAAUCCAAUAUAUAGUGCCCUUAUAUAAGAUUAGAGGGCAACAAAAGAAAAGUCUCAAAGCAAAGAAAAUGGAGAUCCAAAAUCAAAUAUCACAGCCACAGCAACCAAGCAAAGGCACUACCAUAGUCAGAACUUGUUUCAAUGGGAUCAAUACAUUAUCAGGUGUGGGAAUACUGUCAAUUCCAUAUGCACUUUCAAAAGGAGGGUGGCUGAGCUUAAUACUUCUUUUCAUGGUGGCUAUGCUGUGUUUGUACACAGGGUUACUUCUUCAACGAUGUAUGGACACGAGCCCCCUUAUAAAAACUUAUCCGGACAUAGGACAUGCAGCUUUUGGGCACAAAGGAAGAACCCUGAUAUCUGCGUUCAUGUACGUGGAGCUGUUUUUAGUAGCGGUUGAGUUUCUGAUACUUGAAGGCGAUAAUAUGGACAAGUUAUUUCCAAACACUAGUUUUAAAAUCUUAGGCCUACAACUUAAAGGUAAACAAUGUUUUGUUCUACUCACUGCCCUUAUAAUAUUGCCAACUACAUGGCUAAGGAGCUUGGGGUUGCUGGCAUAUGUGUCGGCUGGAGGGGUUCUGGCUUCGGUCAUUGUGGUGGGUUGUGUUUUAUGGGUUGGUGUAAUUGAUGAUGUCGGAUUUCAUGAAGGAGGUAUGCUUGUAAAUUUUGGAGGACUUCCCACAGCUAUAAGCUUGUUUGUCUUCUGUUACUGUGGUCACGCAGUUUUUCCCACAUUAUGCAAUUCCAUGAAAGAUAGAAGCCAAUUUCCAAAGGUAUUACUUGUUUGCUUUAUUACAACCACUAUCAACUAUGCAUCAAUGGCCAUAAUAGGCUACUUGAUGUACGGAGAAUAUUUGAAAUCUCAAGUGACAUUGAACCUUCCUUUAAGGAAAAUUAGUACAAAAAUAGCAGUUUGUACCACAUUAAUAAAUCCUCUCACAAAAUAUGCAGUUAUAAUUACUCCUAUUGCCUCUGCUAUUGAAGAUAACUUCGUUUUUCGCAACAGCCAAUUAAUUAGUAUCCUCAUUAGAACAUUACUUGUGAUAAGCACAGUAUUUGUGGCUUUAGUGGUUCCAUUUUUCGGGUAUAUAAUGGCCUUUAUAGGUGCGUUUUUGAGUGUGACAGUGUCAUUGUUGUUACCUUGCCUGUGCUACCUUAAGAUUAACAAAGCUGCUAGGAAUUUUGGGUUUCAGUUGAUAAUAAUUCUGGGGAUUUUGGUCGCUGGGUCUUUUGUCGGUGUAGUAGGUACUUAUACUUCGUUGAAACAACUUAUAACCCAUCUCUAAAAUUCAGGAUUAUGGUACAUUUUAAGCUCUUUUAUAGAUAUGAUUCGGAUCAAGACUUGAAGCCUUCAGAAAGUGUUGAUAAGAAUUGCUCACUGCUAUGUUGUCAUUCGUUUAUUAAAGUUUAUUAGAGAGAGAGAGACAGAGAGAGA